CAUCUCUUCCUCCGCGCACGCAUGGCGACGACGACGCUGCUCAAGCUCACGACCAAGGGCCAUCACGGCCUGUAUACCUCCGAGGCCAAGAAGCCGCGGAGCCCGUCGGCCAAGGCCAAGGCUGACCUCGGCGACAAGGACGACGCGCUGCGCAUGGGUCGGGCGGUGUGUAUCAUCGAGACAGCAGCCCCGGCUGGUGCUGCGACCCAAGCCACUGAUCAUGGCCCCACCCCACGACGACCAUUGUGUUACUCGCCCCGAAUCACCCAUCUUGGUGCCCUCAAUGUCGCUCUCGCCACUCCCGCCCAAGCAACGCCGCACUGCCUCGACUGUGGACGAUGACGCGCUCCAGUGCCACGACAACAACCCGGAAGACUGUCCCGAACUCACCGUGACGCCCAACGAAGCUUACAACCGGCUCCUCAAGCAGGUCGAGGCCUCCACCGCCGCCUUGGCCGACGCGCAGACGCAGCUCCUGGCCAAAGACGAGGCGAUCGCAGCGCUGCAGACUGCGCAGGUGGCGUCCGAGGCGUCGGUCGCCCGCCUCGAGGCCGAGACGCAGCAGCUCCAAGCCAAGUACCAGUGCGAGGCCAAGCUGCGCAUGCAGAUCCUGCUCGAGCACUCGAAGCUGCAGCUGCGCUGGCAAGAGGCGCAGGCCAAGGCGAUCGAGCUCGAUGCGGUCAAGACGGAGCUCUCGGCGCAGGAAAAGCGGUUCCAGGACAAGCUCGAGCACGAGAGGCGCGUCGCGCGCAUCGAGCUCAAGGCCGCGCACAGCAAGAUCAACUCGCUGCAUCAGACGAUUCUGGAAAUGGAGUACGAGAGCGUCCGGAAGGAGCAGACCAAGCACGACGGCCCGAGCCAGAGCGCGCAGUCGCGCCACAUCCAGCAAGAGCUCAUGGGUCUCCAGCGCCAGCGCUGCGUCUCGCAGAGCAAGUGGCUCUUUGAAGGCGAUACCGACCACGUCGAGUCGCCGCGCCGGACCAAGGCGGACUCCAAGCCCAAGAAGCGCGACGAAGUGAACUACCUCUUCGACAUUGCGGAGCAGCUGCUCAUCUUCUCCAAGGACAGCCACCUCAACGCGCUCACGACCCUCGAGGGGUUUGAGGACGCGCUCGAGAAGAAGAAGGCCGGCGGCGACCACUCGACGCCGCCGACGUCCCACGCCGCCGCCUUUGACCUCGCUGCGUGCGAAGCAAUAGCUGACGAAGCCGAAGCGCUUCUCGCGCAGUAUUUAUUCCAGCUCCCGUAACCUAAGCUACAUGUC